AUUACGUAGGAUUGGACUCACUGUUUAACAAAUCUUGGUUGCAAAUUGUGACGUUAAAAAAAAAAUUAACAAUUCAAACAGGUAAAUUUUGUUUAAUUAAGACUGUGCUAAUAUUUUAUUAUUUUUUUUAAGUUCACCAUUUGUAAUAAUUUACGUGCCAUUUUACAUAUCACUUACUUUACAUACAGGUGUGCGAAAUCUUGACGGCCAUUCAUAAAUUUAAUUUUAGUUUCACUGAUAGCUUCUUUAAUUUUCUGUGAAAUAAUUAGGCAAUUUUUUAUUUCAUCUAUUGGUGGUUCGUCUUAACGGCCAACUUAUUGAAAAGAUAAAAAGUGUCAAAAUUAUUUAAAUGACAUGAACAUUAAGGUCUAAGCCUAAACUAAACGAAUUAAUUGCUCUGUUGAAGAUAUUAAUGAAAUAAAGUGCAAUUUGAAGAAGAAAAAAAAAAGCGAUCCUCUUAUACAAGUCCCAUCAUUUUGGUAAAUUUAUAAUUAUAUAUAUGUUUUAUAUACACAUUAGUAAUGAAAUUAAUAUUACUUUCGUGAAUGACUGUUUUAUACACUUUACUUUUGAAUACCUCAUGAAGGAUACAUACGUUGGUAUCAUUAGUUUAAUAUUCUUCUUAUAAUCAUUUUUUAAAAUUAUUAUUAUUAUUAUUAUUUUACUCGUUAAAUUUUGCCCAAAGGACGCACCAUGAAUAUUUUAUCAUCAGUCCUGUGUUAAACCUAAUGUUUUAAUUUAAUUUAAUUUAUUUAUUUAUUUGAAAGGUUGUGGGGUGUGUGGAGGCUGUAUGUAGAUUUGGGAAAUAUGAAACACAGGGCUGGUGAAAACCUAAACGUAGUCGAAACAAAACAGCGAAUGCCAAAAACCUCUAGCACCGAAUUUAAUAUCACCAUUGCAAAUAUAAUGAAGCAAUUAAACAAUUGCAAUUAAGUUAUCUUUUUCUGUAUCCGAAAGAAAGCUACAAAACGAAAGUGAAAUCUGCGUGUUUCUUGAAUGACAAAGAAGGCAAUUUAUUAUUUAUUUUUUUUAAAGGUAGUACGCGGUAAUUCUUUUGGAAUAAGGAAAAGGGCGAACAAAGAGCCGGCAAGUGAAGGAAAACACGAGACUCGCUCCAUGUGUUUAUUAUAACAGUUGUUAUCAUUUAUGCGACCGGAAAACGUCAAAAUUACAUUGCGUAAUGUUACUAUUUUUGGACAGGUUUUCGUAAAACAUGGCUGAUAACAAUGUAUUUCAGCAUAUAUAUAUAUAAAUAGCAGUGUUAGCAAAUUGUUUGUACAAAAUCUUUCGAAAGAUAAAGUUGUUACAGGUUUUAGUCUAGGUUAAGGCCCACUGCACUGAAUAACAUUAACUUAGAAGUACCGGACAUCUGUUGAGGGAUUGGCCAUACGGCAUACCCGGAUGUUUUAUUUAAUAUCUUUCCGCCAUUUAAUGGCAUUUUCCAAACUGAAUGCCCGAGUGCUCUAUCAAUAGAUUUCCGAUAUUCAAUAGAAAAUAAUAUUGCACAAUUUUGAACUAUAGCUCAAUGUUUUCUCAAUGGUUUUUUAAAUGAAUAAAUACAAUACAAAUAAAGCAAAGUGGAUUUAUCAUAACCCGUUGAGCGCUUUGUGAAGUGACUGAAGCACAUAAAAUUUUCGGAACGGCAUUAUGAACUACAGAAAAUAUUUUUGAAUAUAUUUAAUAUAUGUAUAGCUAAUGGAUUGAUCCUAACUAUUCAUUAAACGCACUAUUGCAUUAUGAAAAGAACCGCGUUUAUUAAACUUGACAAUCAACUUUAUCUCCUUAUACAGCUCUAACAACAAGAUGUCGUGUCGGAGCGUCGUCAAUCAACACUAUAAUUCCCCACUCCAUCGGGAAUCUUUGACCACAAAAUCCAAGUCUUCGUUGACCAACAACGCACACCACCCUCAUCAUCAUCUUGCAAAUCGACAAUCGCCCAAUGGUUCCUUGUCGUUUGAAAGCCCGAGCUCGCAGCAAGCGUGCGAUCCUUCAGAACUGUUUGGUGCCAUACUUCAAAGAGAUGAAAUGCGGGACGACCGACUGUGCCACGACCACUCACUUGCUAUCAGGUCAGUCAACGAAGGAAGCACUUUCCCGUUGGUGCUUGUCAUCCACUGCGUGGUGGAGAUGAUAGCGAAUGCGAUGACGGUGACAACGGAAUCCUUACUUGACGCGUGCGAAGAGUUGGAGAAACGGUUAACCCCAAACUUGAUGAACCUACUGAAGGAGAUGGACAUUCCCGAUCGGCUACGUUUCGCUCUGCGGGAUUCGGGCGGAAGCAGUCACAGAGGGCCCUCCAGCAGCAGCAAUCACGGUGGCCGGCCCGAGGAAAGAAGUCGCCAGCGGGUCGGAGGUUUGGAAAACAGUCACAUCAGUGGCGGUGGCGGUGAUGAAAUUGAUACACCGUCGCAGACGAAACGAUUGGGUACGGAUUCACGACAAGCAAAUGUCGGCACGACUCAGAUGACAAAGCAGACCGCAUUUUCGUCUCUGCCUGGUAAUGACACUGAAAGUCGGAACAUGCGAAAAGAGUGGCUCAGAAACGAAUGUCUGGUCGCCAUUACAAAUGAGCAUUACAUGCUGGAGAAGUUAAAAAUCUGCAUGCAUUGUUGUGUGAACCCCCGUGGCGUGACGUUCCUGCCCUGUGGUCAUUUCACCACGUGCAGGGACUGUGCCGGGACAACAUCUGUGUGUGAUCUGUGUAAUAAGCGUAUACUGGCCACCGUAGAUACGUUCCUAAGUUAAACUUGAGUAAGUGUAUAGAGAAUGACUCUGUUGGUACUUAAGUCUAAUCAAUGACAUUGGCUUUUCCUAUAACAUCGCCUUUAACUGUUGUAGGAACAAGCAGUGGCGUCACUACGGGGUUGGUCUCAUCCAGUGCAGUGAACUUGUGGGGUUGUCCUCCCAACUCCACUUCCAGAAUUCCAAAUGGACAUUCUCGGAGUCCUCCUGCUCUGGUAGCACUCUAACUGUAUUGACACCCUACUCAACUGAGCACUUACUCUCCUGGCACCCUACUCGGGCCGCGCCCUACUCUGGUGGCACCAUACUCUGGUGACAACCUGCUGUGGUGGUACGCUAUUGUAUUUUACUUAGUUCUGUUAUGGACCCAACAAUUGCGAAAUCUGUCAAAUUUGAAAUGUUUCAUUUAGUGCUAUACACCCCGCUCUCACCCCAGCGUCCCCUGUAACAAAGCCUUACACCCACCGAUUGAAGCUUCUGUAAAUUUUAAUACAAUAGUACGUUGAAAAGACAAAAAUGCUGUAUAUACAGCCUGCCACUGUAUUUUUGUAAAAAAAUUAUCUAACGCAAUGAGAAUGCCAUUUUUGCAUUGUCGCACUAUCACUGUAAACAUCUCAGCUCAUGCCCCACAUGAAGUGACCAGACGGUGCUAGUUUGAUCCGCAACAUUUUUAAUUAGCAUUUUUAACUUUAACAGAAUACACGCCUGCAAACACAAUAAAUAUAACUCGAAAUUUAUUCUUCUGCGUUAACUUUCCAUUGGAGAGUUCGGUUACCCGAUCCUUGGCCGGUCUGCAUUAGUGCGGACAAUCAGAGCUCUACUUUAGUUACUUUUAAACAAAAAAACAAACAAAAAAACUUCAGUUUUGAUUCUUUAUUAAUUGUGUUUAUUUGAUUUAAAAAAUGUUCUUGUUUGUUAGUCAAUAAUGAUGUUUCUAAUUGCACGAGGAUAGGUCAAGUGUGUUCAGAAACAACGUAUACAUUUAAAGGUGAUCAUGUCUCUCAGGAAAUAUAACGCGCAGGCUACGUUUUAAGCAUCAGCUAGCCAUUCAACUACUUUUAGAUAAUAUAAAUGUGCAAACCAUCUAGUGUAAAUAUAGAAAGAUCAUUUCUGCGGGGUUUAUCAUUAUCAUUGCAGGCAAAACUGGGAAAAGCAAAUUAAUGUGAAGAUGCAGGCCAAUGUCACAUAUGAAGAUCACAGAUGCUGACACGGCUAUUCGAAUUUCAAAGUACACAUAACAAAACAAAACAAAACAAAACAAAAAGCACACAUAAAUUGUUCACAUAUUAAUGACUAAGCUGAGAGUGUUUCUAAAGGAAAAAAAAAAAUACGGAUUAAACAAAAACAAAAUAACAAAACAAAUGUCACAAUAAAAAUCAUUUUAAAAAGAGAAAAGGCGCUAUGGAUCUCAGUGGGGAUUUUGUGUUCUUUUGAAUAUAUGCUAUAAAAGUUUUAAAGAUAUACUGAAAAAAAAACAACUAUUAUGUAUGUAGUCUGGUCGAUCAAUGUUAAAGUAGCUCCGUUGAGCUGAAAGAAAUGGUUUUUUGUUUUUUUUACCCUUUAGCCAUGGACUGAGCAUUAGAAUCUCAUUGUUUCCUUUUGUUACUUAAUUCUUAUUAUUUACCGGAACAUGCUCCAUGUUGCACGCCAAGAUAGGUUCUCGAUUCCUGCGUUAUGACUACUUUUAAGGUCC